ACAGUAUGUUUCUCAGAACAGUUUGAUGAUUUGAAAAGACGAAAAUUACGGCAUCUAAUGUCGAUUGUUCGCCUUAUGUUUUAUUCAAAAAGACUAAAAAAAACACCUAAAAAAUAAGAUAAUUUAUUAGUAAUAACAAUUAAAAAUGAUACUUUUCAAAGUUUUUAUCCUCUAUCAGAUUGUAGUUGUUUGGUGUUUAGAUUGUCCAGAUUUACCCGAUGGAUGGUAUUCUGUAAAAACGGAAGCCAAGUGUUAUGGUUUCCGUUUUCUUCGAAUUGACGAAAGAAACUAUACAAUCGCUCAACGAAUAUGUUUAGAUGAAUUGAUAGAAGGACAUAUAGCCGAUCUUGAAUUUGAGAAUAUCGACGAACUUGGUUAUACGUUAAUUGAUUCUUUAGAUGAAAAUUCGAAUGUUCCUCGAGAAACUGUAAUUAAUGGCAUUCCAGUUCAUGGUUUCUUUAUAGGUUAUCAAACUUUAUUAGAGGAUGGAAAUAUCAACUAUCUUUGGCUAAGUGGAAGAUCGUUAACGGAUCCGAAUGAUAUUGAAGGACCUUUAAAGAACAGCUACUUUCAGUUUAUUGUGAAUGAUAAUCCGCGAUUGGCGACCUUUUACAGAGGAGAACCGGAAAGAAAUGUCGGAAAUGUUCUUUGUCAAGUUCCAUCAACAAUAAAAUGUCCGAAUGUACCGAAAAAUUGGCUAGGUUUCAAAACAAAUCGAAAAUGUUAUAUUUAUCGUCCUCUGGAAGUUGAGGAGAGGUCAUUUGAGAAUUCAAAAGCUAUUUGUGAGGGAAUUGGAGGAAUGAAAAUGGCGAAAUUAUUUGGAGAGACGGAGCUUCUUUUAAGAUUUGUUCCGAAAGUAAACGAAAAUUCAAAUUUGUUUGAUAAGACAGUACUCUACAAUGGAAUUUUAUAUCCCGGAUUCUAUUUUGACGAUGAGCAGGCUAUCAGUGGAGGAAAUCAUUUUGGAAUCGUUGUGACAAAGAGUUCUUUCGAUUUGUAUCUUGCAACCAAAAUUUCUAAAAUGACAGGUAUUGUAUGUGAUAUAGAAUCGAGUUCGCUUAAACAAGAUCCCCAUAUUCGUCACUAUAUACGAGAAGAUGGAAAAUAUAUUUGUUACGAUUUUUCUGGUGAAACCAGACAAAAAUUCGUAUUGUUUAAGGAUUUAAUAUCGAACAUUAUCAUUGCUGGUCAAUUGCGGGACGACGAUUAUUUGGGAAAUAUAAUUGUACAGAGUACAUUUUUUAAUUAUACAAUUAUGGCUGAUCGUCCAUGGAGUUUUAAAGGGAAUAUAUACUUGGACGAUCGUUUAUCCAUUAAAAUUUUAAACAUUAAUACUGUUAUCGUUACUAUUAAAAGAAAAGCUCAAAGCGUAUUCGUAAUUACAAAGCAUAGAAAUAUUGCUAACUCUCAAUAUUUAAAUGUUCAAGCUAGUGAACUUGAUAGUGAUAAAGUUACAGGAAUAAUGGGUGAUAUGCUAAAGAAAAAGAUGAUUUUUUUCGAAGGAAUUCAAGUGUAUUCAAAAGGGGCUAUUAACAUCGAAGGAAAAACAUUCGACGCUCGAUUAAUUGAACGAGAGAAAUCUUCGUGUUGGCUUCUUAAGGCUGAAGCCGCAUUUUAUCCAAAAAGGUUAACUGACUAUUUAUUAAAUUAG